CGUACAAAAACACCUUAUCACAAAGUUUCCACAUCCCAAUAAAUAAUCUACACUAUCUGAAAAUAAAAUAAAAUAAAAUAAAAUAGAAAAUAUAAAGAUGCAUACCGGCCCCACCCAGUCGACUGGAAUCGAUCGACAGGGGUUAUACAUAGCAGCAAAAAUUCAGAAUUGUUUAUGCUGUUUACUUCCUCACCUCAAACGUUUUUCUCUGCCUUCCAAGUUCCAAAUUAAAAUUUUUAUUUCGAUAAUUCCGACCACAAGGGAACUACUGAAUUUGGGAAAAAUAAGCGGCGCCGAGCUGCCGUAGGAAGGGUUACCAGAAUUCUGUUAGUAUGGCGAUGCGGGAGCUGGUGAGCGGCGGCGCCGCCUGCGCGGUGCCGGGGUCGUCUUCUUCAUCUAACCCUCUUGGAGCUCUCGCCAACGCCCUUAUUGGUUCAUCCUCCAAACAGGAAAGGCUUCAAGAGAUACCAACUGCAACAGCUACAGCAUCAGAUGGCAAUUUGCAUGCAGGGGUGGGAGAGCCCUUUGCUGCUGCCCUUCCAGGGUCCGAGCUUGAAUAUUUGCAUCCUAAUGCGCAGGGUUCAAAAUUCCUUCAAGACUUUCACUCGAUGGAUCAAAAUAGGUUUCCAGAUGCUUGGGAUGACAUUCAGAGGCCUCAAAUUCCUCAUUAUCAGGGAAGGACGGGGCCAACCAACUUUCCUUUAGAGCAAGCUCGGCUUCAACAAGAUUUUGAUGGGCCACCUCAAAAAGUUUUGUCCAAUUUUUUGCACUCAUUUCUUCACAGCGAUCGCGGUAGCAUGCCUUUUCGUCCAGCUUCACUUCCUGUUUUAGGAUUGUCUGAAGGUGAUAAGCAAUGCAUACGUGAUCGUAGCAGUAUUAUGGCUCGCCAUCUUUUUGCAGACAAGAGUGAAGAAUUUAUUCACACACAGGUUAAUGCACUUCUAUCAUCUUUAGAUAUUGAUAAUGAUAUCCGAGCCAGAGGCCCGGUUCCUGGGAGAUUUCCGGAGCUAGAGGAAUAUUGGAACGAAUCACAACAUAUGAAACCUUUGUCUGGUGGUGCAGAUGGAUGGGUUUCAGAAUUUUCACAACAGCGAUUGCCGCAUGACAAUCCAAAUAUGUGGGUUCAGUCAUUUGAAAGACAACAUGGUGCAAAUGGCUGGGCAUCUGAAUUUGAGCAUGAGCACUCGCAACUUGCUUCGAUUGAUCAAAUGAGAGCGACAGGUGUCCCUAACCUUGCUGCCAUGGAGCAGACUCGCAUGUUAGCUCAUACACUAGCUCAAAAUAAUGACCCAAAGUUUCAGAAUUCAAAGUUCCUCCAAUUUGUGUCAAAGAUGAGCCGUGGUGAGAUCACUAUUGAGGACAAUCAAUUCAAGCCAGCUGCGAUUUCCGCACCUGGAGACUGGGCAGCAGAGUUUGAGCAGCAGCACAGUGGAGGCAGAUCCUGGGCUGAUCAGUUUUCCAAUGAACAGGGACCACAUGGCUGGGCAAAUGAGUUUGCUACUGAACGUGGGCAACAAGGAUUGGCAGAGGAUGAGUGGGUGAAUGAAUUUUCCAAGUUAAAUGUCAAUGACUGGUCCGAUGAAUUUGAGCGUCAGGUUGCUGAUGGAGUGCUUGGCGAUUCUUCUGCUGAUAAUUGGGCUAAUGCUUAUGAUGAUUACCUAAAUGAGCAAGCAUCACUAAGGCAGAAAUCAGACGCAUCAAGAGGGGUAUAUGUGUUCUCUGAUUUAAAUCCUUAUGUUGGCCGUCCUAAUCCUCUGAAGGAAGGGCAGGAACUUUUCCGGAAGGGGCUUUUAAGUGAAGCAGUUCUUGCUUUGGAAGCUGAGGUUCUGAAGAACCCAGAUAAUGCUGAGGGUUGGAGAUUGCUUGGUAUAGCUCAUGCAGAGAAUGAUGAUGAUCAGCAGGCAAUUGCAGCCAUGAUGCGUGCACAUGAGGUUGAUCCAACAAAUUUGGAAGUUCUUCUUGCUCUUGGUGUGAGUCAUACAAAUGAGCUGGAGCAAGCAGCUGCACUAAAGUACCUGUAUAGUUGGCUACACCAUCAUCCUAAAUAUAGCGCCAUAUCCCUUCCAGAUCAGCCUGAGAAUUUGUAUUAUGCUGAUGUGGCUAGGUUAUUUAACGAUGCAGCUAAACUCUCUCCUGAUGAUGCCGAUGUACAUAUAGUGCUUGGGGUGCUGUACAACUUAUCUAGAGAAUACGGCAAAGCAAUUGAAGCUUUUCAGACAUCUUUGAAACUCAAACCACGAGAUUAUUCACUAUGGAAUAAGCUUGGUGCAACACAAGCUAAUAGUGUUCAGAGUGCUGAUGCAAUUUUUGCUUAUCAACAGGCUCUAGAUCUAAAGCCUAAUUAUGUACGUGCAUGGGCAAACAUGGGAAUCAGUUAUGCCAACCAGGGCAUGUAUGAGGACUCUAUCCGCUACUAUGUCCGGGCACUGGCAAUGAACCCAAAAGCAGAUAAUGCCUGGCAAUAUUUGAGAAUAUCAUUGAGCUGUGCCUCGCGGAAUGACAUGUUGGAAGCCUGCGACUCAAGGAAUCUCGACAUCCUGCAGAAAGAAUUUCCCCUGAUAUAAAUUUGGUCGUGCCGAAGGCCUCUCCCGGGUGACUUCAUCCCAGCUCAAACUCUGUAAAGGGAUGGAAGAUCGACCAAUAAGUUGGUUUUCAAGUAAAACUGCCUGAGGCAAAUUAUGGUAUGGUUUAGGAUACUACAGUGUACAAGAAACCUGUCAUAUAUGUUGUAUCAUUAUAUAUAUGAGAAAAGAAUCGAUACAGUACUAAGUAUAUAGCAAAAGUCUCAUUGAUUUAAAAAGGGUUCAAGAAGUCGAAGUCGAUUUAUUUUACAUAUCUGUGGUGGCAAAUGUUAGAAGACUCAAUUAAUAAAUCUGUGUGGUUACUGAUCAAA